GGAGAAAUGUGGGCGGGUACCGACCGCCAGACUGCGGUAACAAAUACGCCUCACGUUCCCGGCAUGCAUCGUGGGGGAGAGACAGAAGAGGAGGGUGCGGAUGGGAGGCUGAGGAGCGCAGAAGGAGAAGGAGCAUCAUUAGCAACCGAGGAAGAGGAAGAGGCUUCAUCAUCCACGACACACCAGCUCAUCCGUUCCUCCCGCUCAGGUCUCCUGAUAGAUCCAUACGUCCAUCACCAUGAACUACCUUCGCCGGCGCCUGUCAGACAGCAGCUUCGUAGCCAACCUCCCCAACGGCUACAUGAUGGAUCUGCAGAGGCCGACCCCUUCAGGCUCAUCCACGUCCUCCCCUGCCUCCCCGGCUACAGAGAGGCGGCAGCCACCGAGCAUCUCCGCCCAAAGCUCUGGAUCGGCCUCAGCCCCAGUCUCUGGGAACUUCCUCAGCUCCUUCUCCAGCGUGGUGAAGAGCGCACAGAUGGCCCAGAAUGUAGCUGCUGCUGCUCACGCUAAAUCAGCUGCAACCCCCGCAGCUGAAGGCGCAGCUACAGGGAGCAGCCCGGCAGCCAAAGUGGUGGUACGGAAGCCCAAGAUCUUGCUGGUGAUUGACGACCAGCACACAGACUGGGCAAAGUACUUCAGGGGGAAGAAGCUGAAUGGAGAGUAUGAGAUCAGAGUGGAGCAGGCGGAGUUCUCAGAGAUCAACCUGGCUUCCUACGUCAACACUGGCUGCAUGGUGGACAUGCAGGUCAACAAAGGUGGCACCAAGGUGGUCAG